UAAACUAACGUUCUUUGCUCAUUGAAUUAUGUCCAUGUCUGGCUGUGAUUUGUCUUUGGAAAAUACGUAUCCUUGAAACGAGACCCAAGCUUCUUGUUCGCUCUGAAUUGUCCUUUGGUUUCUAUGAAACUUGUUCUAGAAUAGCGUUUUAAUUGCAUGUUAUUCGGGUGCUUACCAUUUGUCAGAAGAAAGUGGAUGAAAUACCCGUUCAAAAUCAACAAUCCAACCGAACAAGAUGGCACCUACCGUUUUGGAUUAUAACUUAACUAAAGCAAAGCGUGCGCUCUGAUUAUUUGAUUCAUCGUCUACUAUUUGCUUAUAGGUGUACGCUAUGGCGUUUACCUAACCCUAACCCUAAGUUUUAGGGUUUUCUUUUGCCUUGAGGAGAGACUGAAAAUGGAAAGGAAGCACGGAUUUGCUCCAAAAUAACCGUUCAUUUGACUCAGUUUAAACCAGCAUUUUCGGUUUUUUUCUGUUAAACAGUAAGUACCCUCGGAAUUAGCGACUUCAAAAUCAGUCCUCACAAUGUAAUGACUGAUGUUGUUGCCGUUUCUUCCCAUGUCAAGCCCAUAAAAUACAUAUGUAACGCCAGCGUGUAACCUUUCGAACUUGUCCCCCAUAUGAUUUUCAGCAUCUCAGAAGAACACGGUUAAAAUAUUUCGAAUGUGGCAAAUUUCAAUGUUUUUUUUUUUCUGCACCCGACUCUUCAGAUAUUUGUUAGCGCUACUAACUUAGGGCUUUCUGAUGAACUGUUAAAGGAGCUCUUGACGAGCGGGGUAGUGGUGGGGGUGCUGGUCUGCCGGGAAACGCGGUAAGUUUUUAUGCACGACUUUUUCCCCCCUGUGUGGUAUCUUAUCCACCAUUCAAUGCAGGAAUUUCUUGUGGGUUGCUUACUGUACAUGAAUUUUUUUUUCCGCCCGAUUUCCCUACCCCUAGCUACCGCGACCCCCGAUACUCAUUACCAGAGCUCGCGCGCUUCGUGUGUGUCACGUUCGUCACGUGCCGUCAUCGCGACUAACAUGGCGGACAUAGAGCCUAUUUUUCCUGGGCGAAGGGAAGGCUGUUUCCAUGCAAGCAGAGGUCCGUUUCGUUUCAUUCUCCUUAUGUUCACGUGCAUGUUAACAUUUGGAUCGUACUUUUGUUUUGAUAUGCCAAGUGUCUUACAGGCGACUUUUACAGCGCCAUUACAUCCCAAUAGCACAGGGAACUGUACAACUGUGGAUGGUAAACCACCUGAGCUUGUGCAUGUUAAUGGAACUCACUGUACCAGUGGCCUGGACCUGAGUGAAACACAGUUUAAUCUGCUUUAUGCCAUAUAUGCCUGGACAAAUGCAAUAGUUGUGGUACUUGCUGGGUUUCUAAUUGACAAGUUAGGAAAUCCAAUUGGAGCUAUGUUGUUUUCAUCCAUGUGUCUGGCUGGUACAUCUGUGUUUGCUAUCGGCUUGUACUUCAAGGGGACGUCAGCUAUGUUCCCACUUUUCUUACUGGGAAGAAUACUUUUUGGAUCUGGAAAUGGCUCAUUAACAAUUGUCCAAAACAGAAUUUCUGCUAUGUGGUUUAAAGGAAAGGAGCUUGCAUUUGCUUUUGGAUGUAUUCUGGCAUUUUCAAGACUCGGUAGUGUGUUAAACUUCUUUCUGACAGAGAGUUUUCAUGAAAAGUAUGGUCUUCAGUGGACCUUAUGGGGAGGGGCCAUUCUGUGUGGGGUGGGUGUCCUGUGUGCAAUUAUAGCAUCAUCACUGGAUGUUAUUGGACUGAAGCAGUUGAACAAGAAAAUAGAGAUGGAAAUUGGAUCAAAAAGAGUGAGACUGACAGACAUCAGGUACUUCAGGUCUUCGUUCUGGCUUCUAGCAUUCUGUCUCAUGUUCUUUUACAACGGAGUCUUCCCAUUUAUUUCUGAUGCCAGCAAAUUCAUUUAUGUGAAUUACAAUGCAACAUUUGACUUUACCAAGAAAGAGUCUGCCUACAUUGCUGGCAGUGUGUACAUGGUGUCCAUGUUAUUUGGUCCUGUCAUGGGCUUGGUUGUGGAUAAUUUUGGCAGGCGAGGGAUUCUGAUAUUUCUUUGUGCAUUCUUAACAAUCCCUGUGUACGGAUUUUUGGCAUUUGCACCAAGUGUUCAUCCUCUAGUACCUACCAUCUGGCUUGGUUUCACUUACUCUAUAGCUGCUGCAUCUCUUUGGCCUUCUUUCCCACUUAUUGUAGAACAUGCAACUGUUGGAACUGCUCUGGGAUUAACCACGUCUAUUCAGAUGAUUGGUAUGGGAAUAGCCAACAUCAUUGUAGGAAAAAUGCUCGAUCUUAUAACUUCCACAGAAAAGUGGAAGUAUGUUAUGAUUUUUCUCUUGGCAAAUACUCUGGCCUGCGUAACCUUCGCUGUUUUGGUAAACAUUAAUGACAAAAGAAAGGGUGGCGUUCUCAAUCGAUCACCAAGAAAAAAGGACGAUGCAUUACUGGAGGGUCCAGUCAAUACUUACGGAUCUAUCUCGACAAAAGGAUACACUAAUAAGGAUGCACUUCUUUACGAUUCAUCAACAUCCAUCAAUUAAUUCAAUAAUGAAACCUACUGGGCCAUAAGCAGUCAUCUUCUGUAGUAUUUUCUGAAGCUUAUUCGUUUCUACUUGCAGUAAAUAUUAAAUUGUGUAUAAACGUGUUGCUGCAAUUUAAUGUUUUUUCAGAUACAAUAAGUGUGACCAUUGAAAGCUGUUGAGCUGUACUUAAUUUUGCUUUCUAUCUAUUUUUUUAGAAGAAUUCUACUAGUAUACUAAUGCAAAUGCUGCGAUCUGAUUGGCCGAGCCAUUGUACACUUUCAGCCAUUAGUGUGCAGUAGCUUGAUGUGGUCAAAAAAUGGCGACGUCGCAUCAUUUCUCCGAAGUUUUGAAGGAACAUUUAAAAACAAAUGGAUAAUCAAAUUCCUGAGAAGACUGAAAGAAGGAUAUUCACAUUUUCUUGAAUGUAAUAUCCCAAAAUUGUGGGGGGAAAACUGAUGAGCGGAGGCACACAGCCGCAAAUUUCAAAUUAAAAUUUCGUCCGCGCGACUUUUCUAAAGCGUGAAGUUCAAAACGAAGACGGGGAAAAAAUGGAAACCGUUGUUUGGAGCAAAUUUCAGUGAGAAUUCUUUUAACACAAUUAGAUCAUUCGCUCUCAAUCUCUAUGAGGUGAUAGUUGAUUCAGCCCUCGGCCUCAGCAACUAUCACCUCAUGGAAACUGACAGCAAAUCUAAUUGUUAAGUACAAUUUUAUCCAAGAAAUUUGCCAAAUUUGUCUUAAACCCCUCUGACUUAAAAAAGGAUUAAGGGUUCUUCCAGCAGUGAUGUUUAAAUAUUUUUUGGUAACGUCUUGGGUGUUUUUUUUUUCUUAUAUUAAUUCCAUGAGAUGAAGUUAAUAAGAGUAAAACUGCAAUUAAAGGUCAUCUUGUCCUACAUAAGAGCUAACCAUGAGCUAAACAUGCUUUUAACAGGUUCUAGAAUUGUACUUUGCUUGAAUAACUUGCAUGGAAAAUAAUUGCUGAUGAUAAUUAAGUAGCGUUUUGUAAAAAAAUAAUUAUUUACCUGAGAAUGUGUGGCGUUAACAGGCAGGACUUUUUGUGCAUAUUGCAUGGUUGACUCAAUUCGGAGAGCCACAAGGGUUCUAGGCUGUAAUAUCACUUAAGAAGGGAGAAAUUUAUGAUGAAAGUGUGUGUUAGAAUUUAGGAGUAAUUUGUUACUCAUAGUAUUAUGGUAACAUUUUAUUGUGAGAUUGACAAAUUAUAAGGUGUCUAAACAAAGAUAUCUCUAGUAAAAGAAAGAAAACAAAUUAAAAUAAUAAUUAAAAGGUUA